AUGACUGGCGGGAUGCGCACCAUUGCUUCUGACCAAGAAUUUCUCGGACCCUCACAAAAGCGGAAUGGUCUCAACAAGCAGUCCUCUGUCCACGAGACCAGUGGCCGUUUUAUCGUCGUUGAAGAAGGUGGAAAUUCAUACCUGGUUGAAAAAGAAGAAUGUCAAGAAGAUAGAGACUUAAGGACGAAUCAGAACCGCAGUGGAGAUGACAGUCAAGCCGUGCUGACAUUGGAAGAUUUAAAGAGAAGACGUCCACCUGGGUUCCAAAAGUUCGAGGCCUCCCUAGCUUCGCUCGACCUGGAUGAAGAAAUCGCGCUGGAGUUGUGGGAAGACAUUUUUAAACCUUUGUAUACCUUUGAUUUUCUCAAAAUUGAUUCUGGACACUUAGAAAUGUAA